GCAUUGACGGUUCUGACAACCAGACUGCUGUGGAAACAUGAAUGUGAACCAGGGGACGGUGGGCAGCGACCCGGUUAUUCUGGCCACGGCGGGAUAUGACCACACUGUCCGCUUCUGGCAGGCCCACAGUGGGAUCUGCACCAGGACGGUCCAGCACCAGGACUCGCAAGUCAAUUCCCUGGAGGUGACGCCUGACAGAAGUAUGAUUGCAGCUGCAGUCCUAAAGAAAACCUGCUACCUGGGUUCAUAUAUAUUCACCUUAUGAGUUACCUUUGAACUGCAGUUCUAAAAGAUCUACCGACCGCAAAAACAGCGGAGUGCCGCUGCUCGCCGGCCAACUACAACGGGACCGUUUUUGCUGCGGAGUUCGUGCCAGAGCGGAGUGGAGAGAUAGUGGAAUCUUGGGGGUGCGUCACCGGAGGACAACAGGUUACCAGCACAUCCGCAUGUACGACCUGAACUCCAACAACCCAAACCCCGUCAUCAACUACGACGGCGUCAGCAAGAACAUCACUUCUGUGGGCUUCCAUGAAGACGGGCGCUGGAUGUACACGGGAGGAGAGGACUGCAUGGCUCGCAUAUGGGACCUGAGGUCCAGAAACCUGCAGUGUCAGAGGAUCUUUCAAGUAAACGCUCCCAUUAAUUGUGUGUGCCUGCAUCCCAACCAGGCUGAGUUGAUAGUCGGAGACCAGAGUGGAGUGAUUCAUAUUUGGGAUCUGAAAACAGACCACAACGAACAGCUGAUUCCAGAACCAGAAGUCUCGGUUAACUCUGUUCAUAUUGACCCAGAUGCCAGUUACAUGGCAGCAGUCAACAGUUCGGGAAACUGUUAUGUGUGGAACCUGGCUGGAGGGAUGGGAGAUGAAGUGACUCAGCUCAUUCCAAAAACAAAGAUCCCAGCACACAAACGCUACUCCCUGCGCUGCAAGUUCAGCCCAGAUUCCACACUGCUGGCCACCUGCUCAGCAGAUCAGACCUGUAAGAUCUGGAGAACGUCCAAUUUCUCUCUGAUGACAGAGCUGAGCAUCAAGAGCAACAAUCCAGGAGAGACGUCCCGGGGUUGGAUGUGGGACUGUGCGUUCUCUGGAGACUCCCAGUACAUCGUUACAGCGUCUUCAGACAACCUGGCCCGUCUGUGGUGUGUGGAGACGGGCGAGAUCAAGAGGGAGUACAGCGGCCACCAAAAGGCCGUGGUGUGUCUGGCUUUUAACGACAGCGUGCUCGGUUGAGAAAGACAGGAAGUGACAAAAACGUUCAGAGAAGGACUGUGAGGACGGGACGUUCCUCUGCUUUGACAGGAGCCACAGAUGUGGUUGUUUGGGACACGGUUAACAAAACCUCCCAGAAUAAUCAAGGUUUUGGUGCCACACGCUAGCAAACAAUCAGCAAAGCAACACAACACGUUCAAAUUCACAAACUCAAGAGCCAAAUGCAUAUUUUAGCUGGAAACUUUACAGAAAUGGCUCCGUUAAGAAACUCAUCUUGUGUUUUUACAGAUUUGUAUAUUUAUCCAUCUUCUCCGUGUAGAAAACACUUCACAUUUAUGUACCGCUAAGCUGGUAAUAAAAGGAUUAAAGAAGUAUCCUUACAGUAAGCCUUUUAUUAGAUAAAAACAUGACUACGACAGUACAGUUACACAUAAUUAUGCUCCUCGUGUCUAAAAAAGGGGAUUGCUGUUCUGUGGUCUCUGAAACGUGCCACCAGAGAGGUUUUCACACAUGAAAAGAGCAACAAGGAGGAUUUAGAAACACACAUUUGUGUUUUCUUUUCUUCAGACAGAAGCAGGAGGGGUCAGGCUCAAGGGGAACACUCGGAUGAAGCAGAAACAGCUGAUCUUCGUGCUGUAAGGACACAGUCACUCAGGCAGAUAGUAGAAGCACACGGAUACACAGAUGUUGCUGGGGAAGCAGAUGUCGAUGCAGAAGUAGACCAGCCUCUGUUUGCCUGGACCUGAGAUAAGACACACACACACACCCCCAGGAAGAACCAGAAUCAACUCAGGUUUUCUGACAUUAUUUAUUACGUUUCCACAUCGGAUCCUAAGUGGUUUAUAACCAGCCUGUGUGAUAUUUACCCCGCGUGUCCUGAAAGGUUAGAAUAUUUAACCCCAACAUGCAGCUUGAUGUGAGGAGAGGCCACAUAGAUUAGGCUCUGGUUUGUUACAGACCAGACUCCUGAGAUGAGGUUGUGAGUAAAGUGUGAGCACGUGCCCCCUCAGACCAUCCAUCUCCUUACACUAGAUGUUCUGGGUUCCAUUACUUCCCUGUAGAAUGGAGCAGACCGAGUUGCUUUUUGAGGUUUUUUUUUGUGUCUAAUUUGUGUCACACUAUUGAAGUAAAUCGGAAUCUUACAGUUGUCCAAAUAACGUGAUUAAUUCUCUUUUAGUUGAUGAUGUGUAACAAGGGGGGUUACUUUUAUCACCAAGGGUCAGAUUGGUGUUUUAUUUCUCUGAAAUUAAUAUUGAGUUGAAUAAAACUUCUUUCUCUGA